GGAGUGUUGAUUCGUCUCUGCGAUUCUCAGAUUUGUCGCGUGGAAGCUCGUGUGCUUUUUGUUUACGGUUUAGUUUUCCAAUGUCGGCCGCCUUACCACGGCUCGUGCCAUGGGCCACCCGUCGCGAGUGGGAGGCAGUCCGCCAGUGGUUGUUUGCCUCGGGGACGAGCGAGCGUGACCAGACGCGUGCCACGGCCAGGAUUAUGGCUUGGAAGAGUCGCGGGAAGGUCCCGACGGCGGUCGAUGUGACUGCGACGUUGGUCGAGUGCCAGCUCAAGGACGCACACGCGGCUGCGACGCCAGCAGCAAGGAACACGCGCGUUGUCGACGCUGCGAAUAGUGCUGCCGAGGCGUCCAUCUUGAGAUACGCCUAUGCGAACUCGAUUGUGCGGUUUGUCAACGGCAUUGUCGACGCCGAGCAGAAGGGCGUCCACGCGCGAUCCGUCAAUGCGAUCGCGGUCGAACUAGGCGUGCCAGAGUGGAUUGUGGACAUUCGCCAUGAUGUGACGCAUACCGCGCUGCCAACGCUGGCUCUCCUGCGGACGGCAACAUCGCGGGCAUUGGAAUGGCUGCGUGAACAUUAUUGGGACGCCCAGCAGGAUCUUCUUGACGAGGACAUUCGCAGCGUCAAGGCGAUGCUGGCAGAUUACCACAAUGCCGUUGUGCGGAAACUCCAGGCGCAAGAAGGCGCCGUUGCGACUGAAGCGGACUUCCUCGAAGCUUCACUUGCGCCGAUUGUCCAACGCGUGCAGCCUACAGCUUUAACUGAUGUUCUCAUCCCCUGCCUGUUUUCCAAAGACGGCAUUUAUUCCUAUACACCCAUAACGACCAGCGCUGCACCUGCUACACCUGCGGACAGCACGAAAUCCACAAACAACACUUUGAAGGGAAAGAAGGCUCGUGAAUCUGCGGCUGCUCCGGCGGCUGCUUCGGCUUCGGCUUCUGCACAAGCAGCUCGGUCGGCCGCUCACAACUCGCCCGCUCUUGCUGCGAUGGCAAUGGCCUCUCAAGUGGCGCCGCACUGGAUUGACGCCGUGGCAUUCUUCUUGCGCCAGUGGCCGCAGCUGACCUCGCUCAUUUUGCAACUUGGCGUUGCUGACGUUUGCUCUUCGCUGUCAUCGGGCGAUGAGACGGCAGAUCCCAGCUCUCGCUUUGAUGUGAUGGAGGAGAGCGACGACAACGAGGCGGCGGCCGAAAGCACAACCAGCCCUUUCGCGGAUCACGCCCGUCAUUCUGGAUUACGCAUGUCCCACACUGCAGCCGAGCGAACCCUCCUGGUAGAUCUGUUGAGCCUCAUUCUGGGCAGUGCCAUUCGCUCUGCCCCGUUGGUGCGUGCAGCGCUGCCAACAACCGCUUUGCGAUCCACGUUAGACCGCGCUUCGUUGUCCUCGACCACUCCCUCCGCAUCAUCCAAUAAUGCUGCCCCAAGCAGCACAACAGCUGCUUCGUUCAGUGUCGUCGACCUUCCAAUCGAUUUACUGCUUCACGUCUGCUUCAAGGCCAUGAGCUCCGGGGCGAUUCAGCUGCUCCCCUUGCUCGCUUGCGCCAAGCAACGGCUUCUGGUACAAGAGUUGGAUGAAGAGCUCCUUGCUUGCGCAUCCAGUACGAUCGGCAGCAGCAGUGGAGUGAGCCGAAGGCCGAAACAAAAGCAGGCCCUUCGAAAGAGUACUGAAGGCAUUGUUGCUCGCUAUGAGGCACGUUGGAGCUCAUUCUACCGCCGACUGACAGCUCUGAUGCAGCUUCAGCAGCAAGCGGAUGCGCUGUUGGCUGCCGAGCAGCCCGUCCUCAGCGCCUUCCACAAUUUCAAUUCCAAAGCGACCUCCGUCGUCUCCUCCGCGCCAGCCCGUCCCCAAUUCUCGAGUGAUCAGAGGGACACGCAGUUGAAGGAGCUCGACAGACUGAAUCAGGAUGCUGGUCAGCGACUUGUCCCUGGCGCAGCAAGGGCUGACGGCGAGCGGAGUGUUCCGACCGAGGCUGCUGCUCUCGCUCUCGUCUCCAAUCCGUGGAAGAAGGUCACGGCUGCCCACCAGAUUCUCGCAUGGCAGUUCUGCCCCAUCGGAGCUCUGCCGACGUCUGCAUGUCCGGAUUUGUCUCUGCCGCUCGCAUUGGACACCAUUGCAGCAGUCAGCGCGCCUCGAGAACAGGACAGCGGCUUUUCCAACAGUGCUGCCGCUGCAGAGGAUUGUCAGGUUGUAGGGCACCAGCCCCUGCUGCAGCGCGGGUUGAAACGUGAGUUUGCUUCAGCCGAGGACGAUUCAACGCCGUGUGAAGAGACCAGCGCCAGUGAAGCCGAACCUCUGGAGGCUGCCAGCAAACGAGCGCGAUUAGUCGAGCCUGUGUCGUUUGACCCUUUUCUGGUGCCAGGGGCUGCAAGUUUCGAAGUGGACUUGCUUUGAAGCUGAGGGAGUUUGUAAUCAGGAUCAAAUACAGGUGCUUUUAUUUCC